GGCGCCGCGGCCCGGUCCUUCUCCACCUGCCGGGCGGAGCGCACGGGCCAUGGGCUGAGCCCCGCUGAGCCCGCCGGGCCGGCCAUGGGCGAUCGCGAGCGCAACAAGAAGCGGCUGCUGGAGCUGCUGCGGGCGCCGGACACAGGCAACGCGCACUGCGCCGACUGCGGGGCGGCAGAUCCCGACUGGGCCUCUUACAAGCUGGGGAUCUUCAUCUGUCUCAACUGCUGCGGCGUCCACCGUAACUUCCCUGACAUCAGCAGAGUUAAAUCUGUGCGACUUGACUUCUGGGACGACAGUAUUGUGGAGGUUGCUGUUGUCUUGCAGUUUAUGAUCCACAAUGGAAAUCUCCGUGUGAAGGCCAAGUUCGAAGCCAGAGUCCCAGCUUUCUACUACAUCCCCCAGGCCAACGACUGCCUGGUCUUAAAGGAACAAUGGAUUCGAGCUAAAUAUGAGAGACGGGAAUUUAUGGCUGAUGGGGAAACCAUCUCGCUCCCAGGUAACCGGGAAGGAUUCCUGUGGAAGCGAGGAAGGGACAACUCACAGUUUCUGAGAAGGAGGUUUGUACUUCUGGCAAGAGAAGGCCUCCUGAAGUACUUCACAAAGGAACAGGGUAAAAGCCCCAAAGCUGUCAUCAGCAUUAAGGACUUGAAUGCCACCUUCCAGACAGAGAAGAUAGGGCACCCCCAUGGGCUGCAGAUCACCUACAGGAGAGAUGGCCACACCAGGAACCUGUUUGUGUAUCAUGAAAGUGGGAAGGAGAUAGUGGACUGGUUCAAUGCCCUCCGUGCAGCCCGUCUGCAGUACCUAAAAAUGGCCUUUCCUGAACUCCCAGAGUCUGAGCUCGUGCCAUUCCUCACCAGGAACUACCUCAAACAAGGCUUCAUGGAAAAGACUGGGCCAAAGCAGAAAGAACCUUUCAAGAAAAGGUGGUUCGCCCUGGAUUGCCAUGAGCGGAGGCUGCUCUAUUACAAGAACCCACUGGAUGCCUUCGAGCAGGGCCAGGUUUUUCUUGGGAACAAGGAGCAGGGAUAUGAAGUCUAUGAAGACCUGCCCAAGGGCAUCCGAGGAAAUCGCUGGAAAGCCGGACUCACCAUUGUCACCCCAGAGCGGAGAUUUGUCCUCACUUGCCCCAAUGAGAAGGAACAGCAGGAAUGGCUGGAAAGUUUGCGGGGUGUCCUGUCCAGCCCCUUGACGCCCCUCAACCGGCUUACUGCAUCAACAGAGAGUGGCCGCAGAAGCAGGUGACCCAUUAACUGAGGAACUGGCUGCCACUGAACACCUGGAACUCCUUGGAGGAAGAAGUUUGCACCUCGGCCCUGGCUGCCCACCAUCAGUGCCCCGCAGUCAGCAGCCAUCCCUGGCAGUGAACUCUGCCAGGACUGAAGCUGUGGCUUUAUCCAUCAGCUCCCUGGGCCUUCCCCGCAACCCACCCCGGGGAUCUGAGGAUCUGGUGCAUAGAUGAACAUCUAUCCCCUCCUCCCCCAUACACACCUAGGCUUGAAAUGCCCUACAGGCCCAGAACUUUCUCACAUCUGAAAUGGAGGCAUUGCAAUGAAAAGGCACCCACAGCAUCAUGCAAGUGGCAUCUUGUAAAAAAAAAAAAAAAAAGUUUAAUCUGAAUCUAGCCAUGAGGAAAUAAUCAGACAAAUCCACAUUAGGGGCAUUCUGCUAAACAUCUGACCCAGACUCUUCAAAAACGAAGAGUGAAAGAUAAAGUAGUCAAUGGCUGGGCGCAGUGAGAUUGCGCCAUUGCAUUCCAGCCUGGGUGACAGAGUGACUCCGUGUCAAAAAGAAAAAAAGGAACCGAAUGAAAUCUCAGAUGGCUGAAAUGUUAGAGAAACAGAGCACCAAGUCCCCUGCUCUGUGACUCGUUGUUCCUUUCCUCUGUCUUCAAGCAACACGCAGAAAUACACUGGAUGUUCUCUCUUCACUUCAAUGGAGACCCAAGGAGCUGGGAGGGUCUCUUAAGAGAUUCUCUGUGGCUGGGUGUGAUGGCUCAUGCCCAUAAUCCCAGCCCUUUGGGAAGCUGAGGCAGGAGGAUUGAGACCAGGAGUUCGAGAAGAGCCUGGGCAACAUAGUGAGACCCCAUCUCUACAAAGAAAAAAAAAAUUAGCUGGACAUGGUAAUGAAUGCCUGUAGUCCCAGCUACUCCAGACGCUGAUGUGAGAGGAUCACUUGAGCCAGGGAGGUCAUGGCUACAGUGACCCCUCAUUGCACCACUGCACUUAGCCUGGGUGACAGAGUGAGACCCUGUCUCAAAAAAAAAAAAUCUAUGCAUUUUAUGGGACUUUCCUUUGGAUCCCCCAAUCAAAGGAUAAGCAAUGCAUAAGCCUGUGUCCUUCCUGAAGCUUCUCGACUGUCCAGAUAGGGAGGUGGGUCCUCUCUAUCUCCUCUGGCUCUGGAAGCACCUUGAAAAUGUGCAUUUUCAAGGACACUUGCUGGGUUGUGCAUUAAGGGCCAGUUUACUUGUCUGCCUCUUUGACCACCUGUGAACUCUGUUGGGUGUACUCUGCUAAGUUCUGGGGAUGAGGAAAUUAAUAAAGGUACAGUCUUGCCCUCAAGGAACUUAUAGUCUAGAGGAGAAGAACGAGAAGUAUAGAUAGGCAGUAACAAAGCUACUUGAAGAGGCAAACUGGGAUUCUAAGGGUGGGAAAGAACAGACACAAGAGAUAAAGUCCUAAUGAAAUAGAGUGCUUGGUUUUGGAUGAAUCCUUCCUCAAGGAAGAGUAUGCUUCUAUACUCUUAUAUUAAAUCCCUUUUUCCCUUUUUGGCUUGUUAGUGCAAGGAAGUUUCUAUUACUUGAAUCAGUCCUGACAGAUAAAGUUCUCUAAAAGAGAUGAUACCUAUGCUGAAUCCUGAAGAAAGAGUAGAAGAUAGUUGGGUUGGGGUGGGAGGAGGCAGAGAAAGAAGCAUGUGUAAAGGCUCAGAGAUAUCAGGUGUGCACAUGCCUGUAGUCCUAGCUACUGGGGAGGGUGAGGUGGGAAGAUCAUUUGAGCCCAGGAGUUCUGGGCUUUAGUGCACAAUGCUAAUUGGGUGUCCACACUAAAUUUGGCAUCAACAUGGUGACCUCCCAGGAGUGAGGAAUCACCAGUUUGCCUAAGGAGGGGUGAAUUGGCCCAGAUCAGAAAUGAAGCACUUCUGUGCUGGUCAGUAGAGGGAUCAUGCCUGUGAACAGCCAUUGCACUGCAGCCUGGGCAACAAGAGCGAAACUCCGUCUAAAAAAAGAAAAUAGCUAGGCAUGGGCACUGUAAUGCAUGCCUGUAGUCCCAGCUACUCAGGAGGCAGAGGUGGGAGGCUUGCUUGGGCCUGGGGGGUUAUGCACUCCAGCCUGGGUGACAGAGUGAGACUCUGUCUCCAAAAAAAAAAAAAAGAAAGAAAAGAAAAUUUGAAUCACACUUCACUUGUAUUAGCGUUCUCCAGAGAAACAGAACCAAUGAUAUACAUAUAUAUAUAUAUAUGGCUACAGAAAGAAAUUUAUUGGCCAGGCACGGUGGCUCAUGCCUAUAAUCCUAGCACUUUGGGAGGCCGAGGCAGGCAGAUCAUGAGGUCAGGAGAUCAAGACCAUCCUGGCCAACAUGGUGAAACCCCGUCUCUACUAAAAACACAAAAAUUAGCUGACUGUGGUGGCACGUGCCUGUAGUCCCAGCUACUCAGGAAGCUGAGGCAGGAGAAUCGCUUGAACCCGGCAGGCGGAGGUUGCAGUGAACCAAGAUUUCGCCACUGCACUCCAGCCUGGCGACAGAGUGAGACUCCGUCUCAAAAAAAGAAAAAGAAAAAAAAAAAAAAAAGCCAGGCAUGGUGGCAUGUGCCUGUAGUCCCAGCUACUCGAGGCUGAACUCCCACUUAAGCCUGAGAUUUCAAGACUGCAGUGAGCUAUGGUCUCACCACUGCACUCCAGCCUGGGUGACAGAGUGAGACUCUGCUUCAGCAAAGAACAGUUAUGUCACACCCCAAAACUCCCUUGUAGCCACACCCUUCCCCUGCCCCAUGGCAACCAUUGAUCUGUUCAUCAUUAUAGAUUGUACUUUCAAAAAUGCCAUAUAAAUGGAAUCAUUUAAUAUGUAAUUUUUAUUUUAUUUUAUUUUAUUUAUUUUGUUAUUAUUAUUUUUUUGAGACAGAGUCUCGCUCUGUUGCCCAGGCUGGAGUGCAGUGGCGCAAUCUUGGCUCACUGCAAGCUCCGCCUCCCGGGUUCACGCCAUUCUCCUGCCUCAGUCUCCCGAGUAGCUGGGACUACAGGCGCCCGCCACUAUGCCUGGCUAAUUUUUUGUAUUUUUAGUAGAGACAGGGUUUCAUCAUGCUAGCCAGGAGGGUCUCGAUCUCCCGACCUUGUGAUCCACCUGCCUCGGCCUCCCAAAGUGCUGGGAUUACAGGCAUGAGCCACCACGCCAGGCCUGUAAUUUUUAAAGACUGGAUUCUUUCACAGCACAUGAUACCUUUGAGAUUCAUCAAAGUCACUGCAUGUGUCAAUAUGUCUUUCCUCAUUGCUAAGAAGUAUUCCACUAUAUGGCUAUACCAUACCUUGUUUAUCCAAUGGAAUGCUGCUUAGCAAUAAAAAGGAACAAAUUAUUCAUACAUACAACAGUCCCCAGGUAUGGGGCUUCUGGUUCAUAUUGAUGCAGGGUAGGUAGUCAAGGAAGUAACCAGGGUCUCAGGACACAGCAAUCAUGCUGACCAUUCAGUCAACACAAUAAGCCUCAGCAUUCACAAUGCAACUGAGCUAAUUCAAGCAAAGCUAUCUGCAGUAGGGAAUUUCCCGUGUAGACAGCAUGCAAACUUUGGGGUUCACCUCCCCUCCCCUCCUCUCCCCUCUCCUCUCCUGUCCUUUCCUUUUUCUGAGAUGGAGUCUUGCUCUGUCACCCAGGCUGGAGUGCAGUGGUGUCAUCCCGGCUCACUACAACCUCUGCCUCCCAGGUUCAAGCAAUUCUUCUGCCUCAGCCUCCUGAGUAGCUGGGACCACAGGCACAUGCCACCAUGCCCAGCUAAUUUUUGUAUUUUUCUGUAGAGAUGGGAUUUCAUUAUGUUGGCCAGGCUGCUCUCAAACUCCUGACCUCAGGUAAUCCACCCACCUCAGCCUCCCAAAAUGCUGGGAUUACAUGCGUGAGCCACCGCGCCCGGCCCUGACAGCAUGCACACUUUGAUUUUACAUGGCCUCAAACUGACCCUUUGCUUAUUUUAAUAGUAAAAAAUACACCCCUGGGUGGAAAUUUAAGAUGGUAAUGAGACAUGUGGUGUAUGAACAAGCAUGUAAACUACUGUGCAUGUGCACCCAGAAGACCACCCAGAACAUGCUUACUAGUAACCCCUCUUUCCACUUCCUUAUGAAUAAUCACAUAAGACUCCCAUAAAGGGAGUCUCCUUAGUGCCAGUUUUUGCUGUCUCAUCCUUAAACGAGCAGCCUACCCUGAAUCCUCUCUCUCAGAGUGUGCUACCCAUUCUGCACUUAAUUUUCAAAAUCCUCUUUCUCCUUUACAAUAAAUAACUCUUACUCUA